GAUGUCUAUUAAAUCAGAAAAUGAAUUAAAAGAAAAUAUCAACAAUGCAUCCCAACAAAAUAAAAAUGCACUAUUCAUCGAAAUUAUAAAUGAGGCAAAUUUAGAGAUAAAAGAUUUUUAA